AAAUAAACCCGAUAGCUUAUCUUAUCUUUCGGUCGAGGUAAUUUUAACUCACAAAUCAUUCAUCCAGCUUGGUGGUAUCACAUGGUUUGAAAAACGGUGAAAAAAUGAAUACCUGUACGAUAAUUUUUUUAGUUAUUUUUGCACACAAUUGUAAUUCUCUAAUCCGGGAAGAGACAGAUCUGAGGCCCUUAUCAAACUACGAAACUGUUGAUAGUGAAAAUUUCGAGAACUGGGAAGGUGAUCCCGAUGACGCCAAUAUUGUCACCUUAGACAAGGUGGCAGCAGAAUCAACAUUGGAAGAAAUUUGCAAAAAUUCGAAAAAUUUUGUCUAUCUCAAACAAGAAGACGUUAUAAUCGACUGCCAAGAUUUCAAAAACGAUGAACCUGAAAAGACUGAACGUAUUUAUAAAAGAUCGGUCGAUGGAGACGCGCUGGAAGGAUCAGGCGAUUCGGAAAAUGCGACCGAAAUACAGGAAAAAAGUGAAACUACAACACCACUCGAAGAAAAUGUAACUACAAGUGAAAAAAAUGAAAACACCACAAUAAAACCGGAAGAAACGGAAAAUACGACAACUGAAACACCGGAACCUGAAAAUACAACACCGUUUCCUGAAACGACAGCGGAAACGACUGAAAAGCCCAAAGAACAGCCGGAAACGCCCGAAAACAGCGACAAGUGGGUGCCGAAGAACGACGUAGAAGUAAUAAAAGGCAAAACCUUGAUAGGGGACAAGUUGCAAGAAGCGACCGAUCAGAAAUCUGACGAAUCGGAAAAAGUCGGUGAAUCGAGCAAAACGCCCCAAAAAGCCGGCUCCAAAGACACCACAAUUUUAAUCGGCCUUUUCGUGGCUGUUAUCGUAGUUGGGGGUCUAGCCUACGGCUAUAAUGUCAUCAAAAAGCGGAAGCAACGUUCUGCCGAUCUAGAACGUGUAGAACGUGCACCUUCGAUUAAGAGAAGUUUGAAUAAUUUGACGAAACCUGACGGUGAACCUGAGAAGAAACCGUUGAUUGGUGGUGAAAAAAAGGAAGUGGAGAUGGUUGAUAUGAAGAAGGAGAAUUCGACGCAAGAAACGCCCGAAAAGGCGCCCAGUGAUAACGAAACUUUGUAAUUUUUUAUAUAGGUUCUUAAACGUAAUUUAUGGUUUUUGUAAGUAUUGUCAGUAUUGGAAUAAAUUGUUUCCUACGA